GUUUAUUCUCUCUCUUCCCUUUCCUCUCUCUCUCUUUCUCUCUCUCUCUGUUUGAUGAAUUGAUGCUACCAAAAUGUUCUAUCUUCAACAGAGAGAUUGAUUGGUUUUCUCUUUUAUGUUCUUCUUCUCACUUCACUUGAUUCCAGUUUGGAAUUGCAUCUAAUUCACUUUUCUUACAUCUCUUAUCUUAUAUUCUCGUGUUAUCUUAAAAUUGUUAGAAUAAAUCAAACCAGUUCUGGGUUUUUUGAGCUUCGAGUUAAAUUAGCUGUGACAUGGCGAAUCCUUGGUGGGCUAUUAAUCAAGUGAAUCUACAAGGUAUGGAACCUGAAGGCAAUUCAGCAGCCUUGAACAAAAGUGACCUGGGGAUUUCAAUGAACGAUACCGGCAAAAACAUAAGCAACAACGAAGACGAAGACGACGAUAGAGAUACCGGAGAUGAGCCGAAAGAGGGAGCUGUCGAGAUCGGUAACCGAAGACCUAGAGGCCGACCUCCGGGCUCCAAAAACAAGCCCAAACCACCCAUUUUUGUCACUAGGGACAGCCCGAACGCGCUCCGUAGUCACGUCAUGGAAGUUGCGAGUGGCACUGAUGUAGCCGAAAGCAUAGCCCAAUUUGCACGGAGACGACAACGCGGCGUCUGUGUGCUCAGCGGCAGCGGCUCGGUCGCGAACGUUACGCUUAGACAACCGGCAGCACCCGGAGCCGUGGUUGCUCUUCAAGGAAGGUUCGAAAUCUUGUCUUUGACCGGAGCUUUCCUGCCUGGACCAGCACCACCUGGCUCAACGGGACUCACCCUAUACCUAGCUGGUGGUCAAGGGCAAGUCGUCGGAGGAAGCGUCGUUGGUUCACUCGUCGCCGCAGGGCCUGUUAUGGUCAUUGCAGCAACGUUCGCUAACGCAACUUACGAAAGAUUGCCCGUAGAAGAAGAAGAAGAAGCAGCCAGCGGAGACGGCCAAGGUGAUCAGAUCCACAACGGAUCAACCAAUUCUCCGCAUGCAGGUCUGCUCGAUCCGUCUUCACUUCCAAUAUACAAUAUGCCUCCUAAUUUAGUCUCCAAUGGAGGUCAACUAGGGCAUGAGGCCUAUGCUUGGGCACCUGGGCGACCACCUUAUUAAUAAAUCCAGACCAUAGCUUCAUAUGUAAGAUGUUGAGACAUAAUCUUC